AUGCAGCUCUCAGUCAUGUACGCCCUCACCUUCGUCGCCGGCCUGGUCGCCGCCGGCGUCGCUCCAGCGGCCGACGCUGGCCUCAUCGCCCGAAGCUGCCCUGACCAAGAUUGCUCGCAAUGCGACGAAACUGCCGAAGCGGGCGGGGGGUGCAUCGCCGACAUCUGCUGUGGUUGUGCUCUGUGCUAG